AUGUCCUUCCCCCGGUGCUCCCUGCUGUGGGCUCGGCUCCCGGCGGGGCGCCAGGCCGGGCCCCGGGCGGCUGCCUGCUCUGCCCUUCGCGCCCGCCUCGGGCCCUUUCCCGGGACGGCGAGGCGCGCUCCCGCCCUGACCGCCGCCGCCUCCGCCUCCGCCUCCUCCUCGUCCUCUGCCUCGGGUGGCCCCAGAGCCCCGAACACGUCCUUGUUCGUGCCGCUGACUGUGAAACCCCAGGGCCCCAGCGCCGAUGGCGACAUCGGGGCCGAGCUGACCCGGCCUCUGGACAAGAAUGAAGUAAAGAAGAUCUUAGACAAGUUUUAUAAGAGACAAGAAAUUCAGAAACUGAGUGCUGAUUAUGGACUUGACGCUCGUCUCUUCCACCAGGCUUUCAUUAGCUUUCGAAAUUACAUCAUGCAGUCGCAUUCCCUGGAUGUGGACAUUCACAUUGUUCUGAACGACAUUUGCUUCAGUGCAGCCCAUGUGGAUGACUUAUUCCCAUCCUUCCUGAGACAUGCCAAACAGAUAUUUCCUGUCCUGGAAUGUAAGGAAGACCUUCGUAAGAUCAGCGAUUUGAGACUACCACCGAACUGGUACCCAGAAGCCAGAGCCAUACAACGGAAGAUAAUAUUUCAUUCGGGUCCCACAAACAGUGGAAAGACUUACCAUGCAAUCCAGAAGUACUUGUCAGCCAAAUCUGCAGUGUAUUGUGGCCCUUUAAAAUUAUUGGCACAUGAGAUCUUCGAAAAGACUAAUGCUGCUGGUGUGCCAUGUGAUUUGGUAACAGGUGAGGAGCGGGUGACGGUGGAUGCGGAUGGGAAACAGGCUGCCCACGUUGCUUGUACUGUGGAGAUGUGCAGCGUGACCACCCCUUAUGAAGUGGCUGUCAUCGAUGAAAUCCAAAUGAUCAGAGAUCCUGCCAGAGGCUGGGCCUGGACUAGAGCACUUCUAGGACUGUGUGCUGAGGAAGUCCAUCUGUGCGGAGAAUCUGCUGCUAUUGACCUGGUCACUGAGCUUCUGUACACAACUGGGGAGGAAGUAGAGGUUCAGAACUAUGAGAGGCUCACUCCCAUUUCUGUGUUGGACCAUGCUCUAGAAUCUCUGGAUAAUCUUCGGCCGGGGGACUGCAUUGUUUGUUUUAGCAAGAAUGAUAUUUAUUCUGUGAGCCGACAGAUUGAACUUCGGGGAUUGGAGUUAGCUGUUAUAUAUGGUAGUCUCCCACCAGGGACCAAACUGGCUCAAGCAAAAAAGUUUAAUGAUCCCAGUGAUCCGUGCAAAAUCCUGGUUGCUACAGAUGCAAUUGGCAUGGGACUUAACUUGAGCAUAAAGAGAAUUAUUUUUUACUCCCUUAUAAAGCCCAGCAUCAAUGAAAAGGGAGAGAAGGAAAUCGAGCCGAUCACCACCUCACAAGCCCUACAGAUCGCCGGCAGAGCUGGUCGAUUCAGCUCACGGUUUAAAGAAGGAGAGGUUACAACAAUGUAUCGUGACGACCUCGGUUUAUUGAAGGAAAUUUUGAAUAGGCCUGUGGAUCCUAUAAGGGCAGCUGGUCUCCACCCCACCGCCGAGCAGAUUGAGAUGUUCGCCUACCAUCUUCCCGAGACAACGCUUUCGAAUCUCAUUGAUAUUUUUGUAGACUUCUCCCAAGUUGACGGGCAGUACUUUGUCUGCAACCUGGAUGACUUCAAGUUUUCUGCAGAGCUGAUCCAGCACAUCCCACUGAACCUGCGUGUGCGGUAUGUGUUCUGCACGGCCCCCAUCAACAAGAGGCAGCCAUUCGUCUGCUCCUCCUUGUUACAGUUUGCCAGGCAGUACAGCAGGAAUGAGCCCCUGACCUGUGCGUGGUUAUGCCGCUACAUCAAAUGGCCUUUACUUCCACCUAAGAAUAUUAAAGACCUCAUGGAUCUCGAAGCUGUCCACGAUGUCUUUGAUCUGUACCUAUGGCUAAGCUACCGGUUCAUGGAUAUGUUUCCAGAUGCCAGCCUUGUUCGAGAACUCCAGAAAGAACUGGAUGCCAUCAUCCAAGGUGGGGUGCACAACAUCACCAAAUUGAUUAAGACUUCUGAGACACGUAAGCUUUUGAAUCUGGAGAACUUGCCAGGGAGCCAGCCAUGUUUGUCAGGAACCUCGAAGAGCCAGGCAAGAAGGACACGUGGCACCAAAAGUUCAGGGGCCCGAACUGCCCAGCAGCCGAGCUCCGGCUCCGGGGAGCUGCCGCUUGCCUCCCGGUUGGUGCAGCAAGGACUGCUCACCCCGGCCAUGCUGAAGCAGCUCCAGAAGGAGUGGCUGACACAGAGUCCUGAGCACAGCAAAGAAAAGGCCGGGACGAGAAGAAAGAAGAAGGACUCCAAUUCUGAUUAGGAUUUGAUUUUUUAAUUUUGCAAUUAAAAAUCUAUCUUAAAUCCUC